AUUGAAGAAUGGGAAAAAUUAGAGUAUGAAGAUGGAAGUACACGCACAAUUCCUUUAAGAAGUUGUGUAUUUUGUCCUUCGGAUGCCGGCUUGUCUUCUUCGCGUAGUGAUGAUUUUGCUUUUGAUAGUCGAGUUUUAAUUGGUAUAAAAAGAGGAAUGCGAGAAGCCUUAAAAGGUACUUGGCAGUCCGGACAAAAAGAAAUGCAGAGAAUGUAUUUGUUAGAAAAUCUUAAUGAAAUUGCUGCUCAGUUGGCCAGUGCUAGUACUGACGAUUUGAGCAAGUUAAAAGAUGAGGAGUUAACCGUCAUUUUAACCUCCAUUAAUGGUUUAAAAGGGGAGGAAGGUUUAUCUCAGGGGGCCAAUGAUGAUUUUGAGACUAUCAUUAAAAUUAUUGAGGAAGAAAUAAAAAGACGGGGCAAAGAAAAGGAAUUUCUUGAGAAGUUAAAACAAGAAAUGGAACAAGAUAGGACCCAGAGAGAGGCAGAUAGAAGAAGACAAAGGGAUUUGGAACAACAAAUUGACAGAGCUAGAGCGGAAGGUAAUCAAAACCUAAUAAAUGAGUUACAGGGUCAAUUAAAUGAGACCUCUGAUAGAAUUAAUACGGCCGAUAACCAAAUUAGAAAUGGCCAAGAACAAGCAACAAGGUUGGAAGCAGCAAUUAAUUCUAGUAAUGAGAGAACGAGAAAUUAUGCCCAAAAUAUGCAGAGUGUGUUAGAAGACAUUUUGCAAG